AUGGGUUGUGCAACGUUGGACCUCGUCGGAGCUGCUUCUCUCAAACUCAACACCAACACUCACUUCCUUCGUUCUCCGAAGCCAUUCCUCUCCUUUGUGGGGCCCAUCCGCUCUCGCAAUCUCAACGGCCCAUCAUUGACCUUUCUCACUUGCCAUGCCCACAAAUCACGGCCGUCCGUUUCCCUUCGCGCCCAGUCUACUUCUGCUGCUCCUGCUCCUGAAGAAGAGCGGGUGGUUGUUUUGGUUAUUGGUGGUGGGGGAAGGGAACACGCUCUUUGCUAUGCAUUGAAGCGAUCGCCUUCUUGUGAUGCCAUCUUUUGCGCCCCCGGCAAUCCUGGAAUUUCCAAUUCUGGGGAUGCCACUUGUAUUUCAGACCUGGACAUCUCGGAUAGCUCGGCUGUGAUUUCAUUCUGCCGUAAAUGGGAUGUGGGACUUGUCGUUGUUGGACCGGAGGCCCCACUUGUUGCAGGCCUUGUAAAUGAUCUGCUUAAGGCUGGAAUCCAUGCUUUCGGCCCUUCAUCUGAGGCCGCUGCUUUGGAAGGAUCCAAGAACUUUAUGAAGAGUUUGUGUGACAAGUAUGGAAUACCUACUGCUGAGUAUCAAACAUUUACAGACCCAUCUGCUGCGAAACAAUAUAUACAAAAGCAAGGGGUCCCUAUUGUUGUCAAAGCAGAUGGAUUGGCUGCUGGAAAAGGAGUUAUUGUUGCUAUGACUUUGGACGAGGCUUUUGAAGCAGUUGAUUCAAUGCUUGUAAAAGGUUCUUUUGGUUCUGCAGGUUGUCGUGUCAUUGUUGAGGAAUAUCUGGAAGGAGAAGAAGCGUCUUUCUUUGCUCUGGUGGAUGGAGAGAAUGCUAUACCUCUGGAAUCUGCUCAGGACCAUAAACGUGUUGGGGAUGGCGAUACAGGGCCCAAUACUGGUGGAAUGGGUGCAUACUCACCAGCCCCCAUCCUAACUAAAGAACUUCAAGAUUUAGUGAUGAAAUCCAUCAUUUACCCCACUGUGAAAGGAAUGUCAGCAGAGGGCUGCAAGUUUGUUGGGGUUUUAUAUGCUGGACUCAUGAUAGAGAAGAAGUCUGGCUUACCUAAGCUAAUUGAGUACAAUGUGCGCUUUGGUGAUCCAGAGUGUCAGGUUUUGAUGGUUCGUCUGGAGUCUGAUCUGGCACAAGUUCUACUUGCAGCUUGUAGAGGACAGCUAAGUGAGGUGUCGUUGAACUGGUCGGCCGGGUCAGCCAUGGUGGUGGUAAUGGCAAGUAAGGGGUACCCAGGGCCAUAUGAGAAGGGAAGUGUAAUUCGAAACCUUGAUGAAGCAGAAAAUGUUGCUCCAUCUGUUAAGGUAUUUCAUGCAGGAACUGCCCUGGAUCCAGAUGGCAACUUCAUUGCUGCUGGGGGCCGUGUUCUUGGAGUGACUGCCAAGGGAAGAGACCUCAAAGAGGCAUGUGAUCGGGCAUAUCAAGGCGUAGAAGAAAUUAAUUGGCCAGGAGGGUUCUACCGCCGUGAUAUUGGCUGGAGAGCCCUUCCUCUUCCUCUGAAACAAUUUGUGACGAGGUUAAACUAA